AUGCCUCCCGUGCUUUCGAACGAGCGCCCGUAUAAGGGCAUGCCCAAUACGAUCUUGGCAGCCGGGACGCCGGCAUCGAGAGAGUCUGAGAUGGCCGAAUGGGCUGAGAACGGCUGCGCAAGUGUUCUUCUCAUGGGACUUCUUAUGGAACUUCUCAUGGAACUUUUCCUGGAACUUCUUAUGGAACUUCUCAUGGAACUUUUCAUGGAACUUUUCAUGGAACUUCUCAUGGAACUUUUCAUGGAACUUCUCAUGGAACUUCUCAUGGAACUUCUCAUGGAACUUUUCAUGGAACUUUUCAUGGAACUUUUCAUGGAACUUCUCAUGGAACUUUUCGUCCGAUAUAUUCCCAUC